AGCAGCAUCAACAUGGCACACUGGAGCACCUUCGAAAAGGAGACAGAGAAGGAAACCAAGAAGUUGAUAAAAUGUAUCAGCGGGGUCGAGGACGAGGACGACCAAAAUUUCCAGCUGGCGCUGAAAUUUGCGUGGUCAAAUUUCAGGUUUCAUCGUUUUUUGGACGUCGACAGUCAUAAAGUUCAACGGAGCAUAAGUGGAAUCUAUGAAAAGCUCAUGGUCCACUCAGACCUGAGUAAAGCAGGAAGCUGGAUGAGGCUGACUGAAGAAUUUCUGAAUUCGCCUUUACAGAAUACAGAUGGAACAAAGACUGAUGCACACUACAGCAUACUGUCAUUGCUGCUCUUUUUGUCGGGGUCCCCCUCAAAUACAAACUUUACUGAGAGACCCAGGGUGAAGGAGGCUGAACCAGAGGACAACUUUGACUGGGCUAAGUAUCUGAUGGAGGGCGAAGACAUAGACAUGGGGCCGUACCCAGAUACCCCUGAGUGGUCUGAGGAGGAGAGCGAGGACGAAGACAGUCAGCAGCCAAUCAGCCGGGAGGACUCUGGGAUCCAGGUGGACCGAACCCCCCAGGACGACCCGGACAACAACAAGAAGACUGUUCCAGUCACAUGGACAGUGGGUGAACCGGACGCCCGGGCUUGGCUUGAACAACAUGUGGUGACUCCGUACUGGGUGUCUCAUGCUCCUCGUUUUCCUCACAGCUUGCAUUUACACUCCAACUUACUCAACGUUUGGGAUCAGCACUUGUACAACACUGAUCCAUUGUACCUGCCAGAAGAAAAGGCCUUUGUCUCAGAGACCCAAGUAAUAAGGGAGACUUUGUGGCUUCUCUCUGGGGUUAAGAAACACUUUAUUUUCCAACACCACGAUGGAAAAGUGUCGGUGAGGAACAACGUGGUGGUAACACAUCUGACCAGCAACUGCCUGCGCUCCGUACUGGAGCACAUCGCUGUGUAUGGGCAGGCGGUGUUCAGGCUUCAGAGGUUCAUAGACGAGGUGACGGGGUACAGCUCGGAGCCUUGCCCGCCAGGCUCCAGUUCCUCCCAUGGCUCCAAGAAGGGCUCCGAGCCUCCCUUCAGGACCUACCAGGCUUUUGUGUGGGCACUCAACAAGUACUUCACCAGCUUCAAAGAGGAGCUGACCACUAUUGAGAGAGAGCUCAUAAACAAUGAUGAGACGGUGACCCUGUCUGCAGUUCUGGAGCGACUCAGCCCCCACUUAGCUCAGAUCAAGGUCCUGCACAAAGUUUUCUGCACGGGAGUCGCCGAAGUCCCGCCCGCCACCCCGAAUGUCGUGCGGGCCUCUCACUUGCUCAACACCCUCUACAAGGCGAUCAUUGAGUAUGACAGCGUCGGGGAAGCCUCAGAGCAAGCGGUGGCGCUGUUAUUUUCUCUGUGGACAGAGACAGUCCGGCCAUAUUUAGAGAUUGUGGAUGAAUGGAUCGUUCACGGCCACCUGUUUGACCCCGCCAGAGAGUUCAUUAUCCAAAGGAACAAGGAUGUACCAGUAAACCACAGGGACUUCUGGUACGCCACCUACACGCUGUACAGUGUGUCAGAGACGGUGGACAACGAGGAGAAGCUGAACGAUGCAGCCAGCGGGAGCUCGGGAGGGGAUCAGGGCUCCAGUAACAGGCAGCUCACCAUGGUGUCUUUCCUCAAACCCGUCCUCAAGCAGAUUAUCAUGGCUGGAAAGUCCAUGCAGCUGCUCAGAAAUCUAGACUGCAAGGACGCUGAGAAGUCAGAGAAAUCCUCCAGAGAUGCAGAGAGGAAGAGUUUGUACACGCUGUUUCUAGAGUCGGUGCAGUCGCGCCUCUGCAGCCAGGAAGCGUCUCCAACUGACACAGUGAGCGAGCAACAGGCCACUAAGAGGAGCCUCAUAAAGAUGCAGUCCAUCGUGGCGCAGCAUCUGGAGAUCGACGACGUCCACGAUCCGUUGUUGGCCAUAAACUUCGCCAGGCUCUACUUGGAGCAGAGCGACUUCCACGAGCGUUUCUCCGGCGGUGAUUUCAACGUGGACCGCUCGUCUCAGUCCGUCACCUGCCAGACAUUUGAGCUCACCCUGCGCUCCUGCCUCUACCCCCACAUCGAGAGGAGGUACAUCGAGUGCUGCGGGAACCUGAUGAAGACUCUGAAAAAAGACUACAAGCUCCUGGAAUAUCUCCAAGCUAUGAGGAACUACUUCUUGCUGGAAGCUGGAGACACCAUGUACGAUUUUUACACGGCCAUCUUCGACAAGGUGCAGGAGAAGGAGAGCUGGCAGCAGCUGUCCUUUCUCAAUGUGCAGCUGCAGGAGGCAGUUGGACAGCGCUACCCAGAGGACAGUAGCAGGUUGUCAAUCUUUUUGGAGACAAUCGACCCCUCCAGGAAAAAACACCCUGUAAAUAAUCUGGAAGUUCUUACGCUGGGUUACAAGGUUCCUUGGCCUGUUGACAUUGUGAUCAGCUCAGAGUGUCAGAAGAUCUACAAUCAAGUGUUUCUCCUAUUGCUGCAGAUCAAAUGGGCCAAAUACAGCUUGGACACUCUUCGAUUCAGCGAUUUCACGGAUGUCACCAAGAAACUGGAGGGAGCUCAGGCCGAGGAAGUAAAGGUCAAAGAGCCGAUAAAUCAACAGAUUCACAGGAUGUGCCUGCUGCGGGUUAAACUGAUGCACUUCGUCAACAGCCUUCACAACUACAUCAUGACCAGGAUUCUGCACAGCACAGGCCUGGAGUUUCAGCACCAAGUACAAGAAGCAAAGGACUUGGACCAGCUGAUCAAGAUCCAUUACAGAUAUUUGGCAACCAUCCACGACCGUUGCUUGCUGAGGGAGAAGGUCAGUUUUGUGAAGGAGGCGAUAAUGAAAGUUCUCAACCUGGUCCUCAUCUUCUCAGACCGAUGGCAAGCUGGAUUUGGAGCCUGGAAGAUCGAGUCUAUUGAUAAAAUGGAGUCUGAUUUCAAAAACUGCCACAUGUUCCUCGUGACAAUACUCAAUAAGGCGGUUUGUCGUGGCUCCUUUCCUCACUUGGAGUCUCUGGCUCUCUCUCUGAUGGCGGGUUUUGAACAGUGCUGAGGAACAUCCAUCCAUGUGUCAGUGUUUGGGGACAAUAGACUGAGCUCCACUGUUAGGUUCUCAGUGUCGUUACUGUCUUUUUUCUCUGACUGCUAUCAUUGUUCUUCAUGAUGUGAAAUUUAUGAAGUCACUAUGACUGCUCUGACUGUUGGAGAUGGACUUGUGAGUGUUGUGUAUAUAAACAAGCUACUUGUGAACAAACAUCAGCUUCUUAAUUUAAAUGUAACAUUUUGUAAAGAUGAUUUUCAUGAACAUUGUUAAUAAUGUCUAUAUGAAGCACAAUAAAUCUUUCACGGUGAUGUAGGUGUACGUCAUGUUGCUGCUCAGUAAAAUUAAAAUGCCAAACGUUAAAUAAUACUGGUGAAAGUGUAAUAAACUAAACUAAUUUCACUAGA